AUGGAUUCUCUGUCUGAUAAACCUAGCAGUCUGAAAGAUAUAAAUAAAGAAUCAAGUAAUAAUGAUGAGAUCAAAUCAAUAAAUGUAAAUGCUACCCAACAUAUGUCAUUAGUGUCUUCAGCACAGAACACUAUUACUCCUAGCGGAGAUUCAGACACUAAUUUGUGUAAUAACAAUAGUGAGAAUAAUGGAAGAAAGCGACAUCUAGAUAACUCUAUUUCAAUUUCUCAAAAUGGAAAUCAAACUUCAAAAGAUAUUUGUACAAAUAAAAGGAAAAAGUGUCUUGGCAAAAGUGAUGAUAAGAGCAAUUUUAAAGAAGAAAGGUUUUCAGAUGACAGUACAGCAGAGGAGGAGAAAGAAGUUUACUCUUUAUUAGUUUCUAAUAUACCUUAUCAAUGGACAUGUGAACAAAUAUCAGAUUAUAUUCAGGAACAUUGUGUUGAAGUGUAUGCACUGGAACAAUUGGCGGGUGGUGAUCCAGAUUCCGGUCAGACCAUAAGGCUUCUAUUUUUGAAUUUUGAGAAGUGUAAUCAGGCACGAAAACAGUUGAAGCUGAAGGCAGUUGAAGGGCGCAAACUGAAUGUUAACUUCAGUGGUAACAUUGACUAA